AACGCCAGUGAAAAAGGACGCCACCUAAAACCGGAAGUGUGUUUUGUCUGAUUCUAAGGUUCGGAAGUGUGGGGUUCUAUGGAAGAGAUGUCAGGAGAGAGCGUGGUGAGCUCCGCGGUGCCGGCGGCUACAACACGGACCACCUCGUUCAAGGGUUCGAGUCCCAGCUCCAAAUACGUCAAGCUGAACGUGGGGGGAGCGCUGUAUUACACCACCAUGCAGACCCUCACCAAGCAGGACACCAUGCUGAAGGCCAUGUUCAGUGGGAGGAUGGAGGUCCUCACGGACAGCGAAGGCUGGAUCCUCAUUGACCGGUGCGGGAAGCACUUUGGGACCAUUUUAAACUACCUGAGGGAUGGCGUGGUGCCUUUGCCAGACAACCGGAGGGAGGUUGAGGAGCUCUUGGCCGAGGCCAAGUACUACCUGGUGCAGGGGCUGGUGGAUGAAUGCCAGGCUGCUUUGCAGAACAAAGAUGCAUAUGAACCUUUCUGCAAAGUCCCGCUGGUGACAUCGUCUAAGGAGGAACAGAGACUCAUUGCCACCUCAAAUAAGCCGACCGUGAAGCUGUUAUACAACAGGAGCAACAACAAAUACUCCUAUACCAGCAAUUCUGAUGACAACAUGCUGAAGAACAUUGAGCUGUUUGAUAAGCUCUCUCUGAGAUUCAAUGGACGUGUCCUGUUCAUCAAAGAUGUGAUCGGGGACGAGAUCUGCUGUUGGUCAUUCUACGGGCAGGGCCGCAAAAUCGCAGAGGUGUGCUGCACCUCUAUUGUCUACGCCACAGAGAAGAAACAGACAAAGGUGGAGUUCCCAGAGGCACGUAUCUACGAGGAGACGCUCAACAUCCUCCUGUACGAGUCGCAGGACGGCCGCGGGCCGGACAACGCCCUUCUGGAGGCCACAGGGGGCGCUGCCGGCCGCUCCCACCACCUGGACGAGGACGAGGAGCGCGAGCGUAUCGAGAGGGUGCGGCGCAUCCACAUCAAACGGCCCGACGACCGCACGCACCACCACCAGUGACCUCUCGCUUUCUCCUCUCCUCCGUCGGUGACCUUUGGUCCCUGUGAUUCCGUCUACACCCUCUCUCUCACUUCCUCUGCGGCUGUGCCUUAGAACCACCAGCUCUUCUGCCCCCCCACCCCUUCCUUGUCCUGCCUCUCUCUCUCUCACACACACACACUCACGCACGCACGCACGCACACACACACACACACACACACACACACACACACACACACACACACACACACACACACACACACACACGCAGGCAGGUUUGCAAUUGCCUUUUGUCCUGCAGUCAAACCUGAGGUAGCUGCAGGUCAUUUAACAGAUGGGGAAGCAUCUAGGCCAAGGCUCUGAGGAAAGAUCGCAGUUAUAUGUUUGCUUUUGUUUUGUUUUGUCUUCUGUUACAGUGAACAGUGAUAUUUUGUUAGCAAAAACAUAGGCCCCACGCAAGGACAUUUUGUUAUAUCUAAAAAAUGUUAUUAGAAAGAAAAUAAAGCUGCCAUCCAGUGUGCAGUGACUGUGCAUUAAUCAUUAGACUGAUAGAUGGACCGAUCUGAUGUGCUGUCUAUGGUAGGGAGAGCAUUGUGCAAUCUGGGUUAACCUGACAUUUUACUAGAUGGAUUUACAGCUAGCCUCAAUAACACAUUGUUUACAGCUAGUCUCAAUAGCAUAAUGGUGAUUUUGGCAUUGUGUUUUCAUGGGGUCCAACUUUACAGGCAAACAAAUUCCAUUGGUUUCAGGACAGUAAAACAUGAGCUAAAUCGAGCUACUUUCACUGUUGUACUGUAGUGCUAAAUAAUUAAUAGAUGCAGGCUGUGGAGGGACUAUGUCAAAUAUGUGAGUUGCUCAAUAGCCUGACUAUUCCAUCUGUCCCUAUAUAGAGAGUGGCUAGAGUCUUUGCGCUAUUGUCUUCAGUCUAAUAUGUAGGUGUGCCUCAGAGCCACUUGUGCUUUCAGCGUGAUUUCAAUUUGAUCACUUUUGCAUGUUUUUGUGUUGUCUUAUGCUUUUUUUUUUUUUUGUCUGAGUGACCUAAUUGUACUUGUUGUAUUCGCGUGUGUGCGCAUAUGUUCCAACGGUUUUGUGGUUUCGAAUGUAUUUCUGUGAGAAGUGCUGUAGUAUGCUGCAGGUAUCCUGUUGGCGAAGGUGAGAUGUUUCUCACCAUCUCUCUUGUAUGCACUGAGGUGGAGUACAGCUAGUUUUACCUCUGGAGGGAGAAAAUAUGUUUGUUUUUGUUGUGUGUUUUACCUUUUUUAAAGAAUGAUUUAAGAAGUAUUAUUGAAGUUCUGGUUUGUACACACUGUGGUCUUGGUCAAACCUUGUAGAACAACCAGAGUCAUUAAAUUAAGUAUGUAUGUCAUGCUCAUCUAAAACACAUCCAAAUUAUGACGUGAGAGAGGCUAUGAACAUAUCAAAGUCUGAAAAAUUUCAAUUAUUGAAGAUUUUCCAACUUGGAUGUGCUGUGUCCACAGGCAGCUAGUGGUGGUUUGGCCUCUAGAGGGCGACGUUGUUCUGCAGAAGAGGCAGCCCAGGCUGGGAGAGCUGUAACUGGUCUCCAUCCUCCAGCUGCAGUCAGACGGCCCAACAGUCGUAGCACAUUAUUUUGUACCCCCACUAUCAUAAUCUAUGUAGGGCUGACAGAUGCGGCAGGAGGACGGCCAUGUAGUUAAAACCAGAUCAUGUUCUACAUUUUGUUUAAUUAAUAACAUUUAACCUCAUCUCCCUUGAAGUCAGAUUGGUAAGUGAUCGUGUAGAGGUUAGAACCUGAGACAUGGAUGGGGAGGUGAGGUGUAUGUGUGUGUGUGUGUGUGGAGGGGUAUGAGGUGUCAGUUUGAUCUGGGGAUGAUGGAGUAAUGGAUCUUGUGGCCGAACUGUAACUAGAGACGUCACUAGCAGGAAGGGUGAGUGCCCAUUGAACCACCGCUGAAUAUUGACAGACACAUGAGGAGUCGUGUCUCCUUGGUUUUAUUUCUCGUUAAGAAGUAUGUCCUCACAUUUUAAAAUGAUGUUGUCUUUUUGGUUGAAAACGCUUGUUCUUUGUAGACCAGAAGUGUUUGUACAGAAUAUGUGAACAAUAAAAAAAUGUUUUGAAUAUAUUUAUACCUAAUGUCCCCAAUAAAGAUUGUCAUAUUCCUUU